AGUGGCGCGAGAAGUUGCCGGUGAACCGGGCAGUUACUUCAACAGCAGGUGCUGAUGACUCCAACGAAGUUGUCGCUCUCUUUGGCUUCCAGCGAGAGCGAGUCCGAGGAGUUGCCAACAUUUGCUUUCCUGAAGAAGGAACCAUCUUCAGCCAAGAGGAAGCAGCCUACAGGGUCCGAGGAGAUCAUCCUGGUCCACACCUCGGACUCUGAGGCCUCCCGACCGCCCUCCCCAGGGGUGGGGCAGCCAUGGGUCCCGCAUACAGCAGUCACUCGCACCCAGGCAGAGCCACUCCAAGUGCUGAGCAGUGGAAGCGAGGAUGAGGAGGAACUCGUCCCCCUGGCCAGGCGGCUUAGAUGUAAGUUUCUGACCAACGGGCAGCCAUGCUCCGCUGAUGCUAGCCCCUCAGGUGAAGUAUUGGAAAGUCAUCACAAUGAAGGACUGUCAUGUGGCUGGGAAAAGCCAUCCCUUCCAGAGGCCUUCCGUAUCCCCCUUGGUGACAGCUCUGGUUUGACUGCAGCAGAUGACCAGUUGGGGCGCUUAGACUUCCCAUGCUGUGACCCCCUGGGUCCUCAGCCUGCCUGCCUCACCCAGGAAAACAGAUUGACAGGAACCAAAAUGAAAUCUGGUGUCGCCCGCCCUCAAAAGAGAGCCAAGCACAGUCGGGAGGGGGAGAGGAGACCGCAGGGAAGAGCGACCUGUAAGAAAAUUUCCCCAGGACAACAGGAAAAGAAGAAGAAGGCGGCGGCUCUGGCCAGCAGGCUGAAGGCCCAGCGGCCCGAGGAGUGCCUGAAGCACAUCGUCGCGGUGCUGGACCCAGAGCUUUUGCAGACGGGAGGCGGGGGCCAGCUCCUCAGCGCGCUGCAGUCCAUGGAGUGCCGCUGUGUCAUCGAAGCACAGGCGGUGCCUUGCAGUGUCACGUGGAGGAGAAGGCCAGGUCCCCCGGAGGAUGAAGAGGCCUGGGUAGAGGAGCCGAUGAUCCUGGUGUUGCUCCUAGCGGAGGCUUUUGUGUCCAUGGUCCGAAAUUUAAAGCAGGGAAGCCCAGGCAGCAGCAUGAACAGCAAGGAAACGCUUGAGGGCUUUGUCACUGACGUCACAGCAAGGGCAAAAGGGAAGGCUCUAUCCCUAGUGAUUGUGGAUCAGGAGAAAUGCUUCAGGGCUCAGAAUCCUCCCAGGAGAGGGAAACAGGGAGCGGCAAAUAAGCAAGCCAGGGAGAAGCAGGGACAACAACCAGAGUCCAGCCCUGUGUCCAGGGUGGACAUGGAAGAGGCCCUGGUGGAUCUGCAGCUAUACACAGAAACCCAGGUCCGGGUUGUGCAGAGCUGGAAGGAGCUGGCCGACUUCACCUGCUCAGUCACCAAGGCUGUGGCCGAGGCGCCCUUCAAGAAGCUUCGAGAUGAAACUAGCUUCUCCUUUUGCGUGGAGAGUGGCUGGGCCAGAGGGGUAAAGGUGGACCGAGCUGGCAGGGGCCUUGCGCUGGUCUGGAGGCGACAGAUUCAGCAGCUGAACCGGGUCAGCCUGGACAUGGCCAGCGCAAUUGUGGAUGCCUACCCCUCCCCACAGCUGCUGGUGCAGGCUUAUCGGCGAUGUGACUCGGAGCAGGAGCGCCAGCACUUGCUGGAAGGCAUCCAGGUGCGCCGCGGGGUGGGUGUGACAGCUACCUCCCGCCGGGUCGGCACGGAGCUGUCCAGGCGCAUCUACCUGCAGAUGACGGCUCUGCAGCCAGACCUAUCUUUAGACAGUGCUGACUGAUGCUAGCCUGCAGGGACAAAGACAGCAAUGGGAGAGUGCCACCUCCCCAAACCUGGAACAAGACUGGAAGCACAUUCCCGGCAACAGCUAGGGGCAGCCGGCCUUUGCCCUGUCCAUAUCCCCUCCGUGUCUCGGCAGAGGCUGAUGCCAGCAUCUGCCUU